AUGUCUUCCAACGGAGCUGAACGCCUCAAGAACAGAAAGCCCAUCAAGAAGCCCGUCCCGGCUUAUCUCCCAGCACCCGGCUCCGCACUCACCGUCGAUAAGGCCGUCUACACGGCUAUCCGGGAGGCAUCACGGGAGUUGAUUGAGGAAUUUACUCUCCCCAUUCGGUCUGGAAAGGCAUGGAAGGCUCCCGCGGGUUCAAUUGUCAAAAUUAGCACGCCUGAGGGUCCGCAAGUUGGCGACUUGAAUAUCUGGAACGCCCAUAAUCCCCGCGAGCGGUUCUGGGCUAGCCGAACCAAGCAGUUGCACGCCUCUCACGUCUCAACCUACGACCGACUCUGGUCCAACCUACCAUACAUGCGUCCUUUGGCUACCAUCAUCACAGACAGUCUGGACUGGUACGGCGAGGAUGAGCACGGUGGCCGUGUGCACGAUCUUCUAGGCACACGAUGUGAUCCCUACAUCAACACUGUUCUCAGUGGCGGACAGUACAAUUUCCAGUGCCACUCUAACCUAACCCGUGCAGUAUUACCAUUUGGGCUGAACGAGCAGGAUGUCCACGAUGUUAUUAAUAUCUUUCAGGUUACUGGACUAGAUGAGCAAGGCCGAUAUUUCAUGAAUCCGUGUCCUGCGGAGAAGGGUGAUCAUAUUGAGUUUCUAGCUGAGCAGGAUCUUUUGAUGGCGCUGAGCACAUGCCCUGGUGGUGAUCUUUCUCUUUGGGGUUUUGGUGAAGACAGUGAGGAGGAGAUGAUCAAGUGUUGCCGUCCUCUCAAGGUCGAGGUGUACCGUCUAAAGGACGAGGCUCUGCUGCAGAAGAAUGGAUGGAAGCCGGCUGAAGUGUCGGGCUAUAGCGGACGUCACGGGCUGGACGUGCCCCUGGGUGAAGACAGACAGGAGAAGGCUUGA